UAGUCGUGUUUGAAGUUUCCAGAAAGUGCCUGAUCAACGAGUUCAUCUCGUUGGUUACAGUUCUAACCAGGGUUACGACAGUCAGUCUAUUCGAGGAACUGAGUGGUUUGACACUGCCGCUGUAAAAAGUAAUAAUAUUGUACUUAGAUAGAUCAAUUCUACACGAAUUAACACCAAAUUUCUUUAAACUUAACCACAGUUCUACGAUUUGUAAAACGAAAGGCUGAAAACUUGUAUACUUUCUUACAUCAAUUUCGGAGAUCCAUUCACGCAUAUUCUCAAGCCUUCAAUUUGGCCUUUUGUUGGUGAAUAUGGCGAAGUGGGGCGAAGGAGACCCUCGUUGGAUCGUAGAAGAAAGACCUGAUGCUACGAACGUCAAUAACUGGCACUGGACUGAGAAAAACGCCUGUGCUUGGUCUCAAGAGAAGAUAAAGGAACUCUUUUUAAAUUUAGUCAUUGAAGGAGACGGUGUUAAAUGCACUGUGACGGAGGUAGAAAAAUGCGAGGGUGAAGCCGUAGCAAAUAAUAGGAAAGGAAAAUUAAUUUUCUUCUAUGAAUGGAAUAUUGUUCUCAAGUGGGUCGCUGAUACGAAUUCUGAUGAGAAGAUUGAGGGAAAAAUUAACAUUCCGAAUCUCUCGGAGGAAAAUGAUGUAUCUGAAGUAGAUAUCGUAGUCACUCUUAAGGAUAGUACCGACGAGGGUGAAAAAAUAAAGCAUUUUCUUCAUACUAAAGGAAAGGAUACCAUCAGGACGAAAUUAAAGCAAUACGUAUCGUCUUUAAAAGAAGAAUUUUCAAAAGGCAUGAUUCUUCCAAAAAAGGACAGUGUUAAGGAUAACAUAAAAAAUAUCACGUCAGGUUUUAACGUCAAGAUGCAAAUGAAUUCAGUAGUCACAACGAAUAACAAGAGUCCCGGAUGUAAAAUUUCAACGACGACGAUUAAGCAGCAACAGAAGUUCCAAUGCAGAGCAGAAGAAUUUUAUAAUGUCUUCACUUCUGUAGAGAUGGUACAAGCAUUUACGAAAGGACUGGCCAAAGUCGAUGCGAAGAAAAGUGGAAAGUUUGAAUUGUUCGGCGGUAAUAUACAAGGGGACUUUGUGGAGCUCUCACCAACUAAAAUAAUUCAAAACUGGCGAUGCAACCAAUGGCCGUCAGGUCAUUAUAGUGAAGUGAUCUUAGACAUCAACGAAAAGAAUGAUCAUACGGAGGUUAACCUGACGCAGACAGGUGUACCUGUGAGCGAAGAGGACUCUACGAAAGAGAACUGGGAGAGGUACUACUGGGACCCAAUAAAGAGAACCUUCGGUUUUGGAUACUUUAUGUGAUCUCUAUAUGUUCUAUGGAAUAUUUAUUUAUUGAUAAGUAGAACAAUCGCGAUAUGCGUUCACGCAUGUACACGCUAGAGGAACACAGGGAAUGAUCGCGAGAUGAUUUUUUGUCCCUAUAGUAAGUUUACCCUUAUCUCACCGCCUAUUUCUUACCGCAUCCCGCAUAAUAUCAACAGCGUGAACACGACAAAUGAUUUUUACACGCAUCGAAUGUACAUCCUGAUCAGUAUGUUAUACAAUAAAAUCAAGUAAAAGAAGACUAAUCAUUCCGUAA